GCCGGCCGGGCGGGCGGAUGGCGGCGGGGCCGUGAUGCUGCGCUGGUUCGUGGCCCUGCUCAGCCCCUGCUUCGCCACCAAGGCCGGCUCCAUGUUCUACGCGGUGCGCUCGGGCCGCCGCACCGGCGUCUACCGCACCUGGGCGGAAUGCCAGGAGCAGGUGAACAAGUUCCCCUCCGCCAGCUUCAAGAAGUUCGCCAGCGAGAAGGACGCCUGGGCCUUCGUACGCGGCGGGCCCUCGGGGCAGCAGCAGCCCCAGCCCGAGCUGGCAGGUGCACUUUGUCUUCCGGCUGUAACACAGGAAAAUGGUAGCCAGAGAGAGGAACUAAAAUCCUUGUGUUGCACUACGUGCAAAAGGCCAUAUGAGCAGUCUACAAAUGAAGAACAGGUUGCUAAGCGUGUAAAACAUGAUGAAUUAUUCUCAACAUACUCAACACCAACAGUCAGUGAAGAUAAAUUUUCAUAUAUGGGUGACUUUGUAGUUGUUUAUACAGAUGGUUGUUGCUCAGGUAAUGGACGUAAUAGGGCACGUGCUGGAAUAGGUGUCUACUGGGGACCAGGCCACCCUUUAAAUACCAGUGAAAGACUUCCUGGACGGCAGACUAAUCAAAGAGCAGAAAUACAUGCAGCCUGCAAAGCGAUAGAGCAAGCCAAGAGUCAAAACAUCAAGAAACUGAUCAUCUACACUGAUAGCAAGUUCACUAUUAACGGUAUUACAAGUUGGGUUGACAACUGGAAGACAAAUGGCUGGAGAACAAGUUCAGGAGGAAGUGUAAUAAAUAAAGAAGAUUUUGAAAGACUUGAUAAGCUAUCAAAAGACAUAGAAAUUCAGUGGAUGCAUAUUCCUGGCCAUGCUGGCUUCCAAGGAAAUGAAGAAGCUGAUAGACUAGCAAGAGAAGGAGCUUGUAAACAAAAGUGCUGAUGUACUGGGACUAGAGACUGUUGCAGUGGGAGGAAGAGGCCUAACAUGACAGCAGCAGCUUGAGCUGCUGUAAUUGUUUCAGAAUUGAACUUUGAACUGUACUUUAUUCUGGCCUGAAGCACUAAAUAUAUACCAACUUCUGGGAAGAAAAACAUGCAUUUCCUUCUAUUGCAUUUGUUUUACAAUUGAGACAAUAUUUAAUUGAUAUUGCAUAUUUGGGUUUAUUUCAUUUUAUGGAAAGGGCUGUGGGGUCAACGUUCUUGUAGACUUACGAAUUCACCAUGAAGACAGACUUCUAAAGGAGUAAUAUUAAAUAGAAGUGUUCUGUAUUUUUCUCUUAGCAAAAUAAAUUAUUUUUUUGUACAGACAUAUAUAUUGCAGCCCAAAAUAGCUGGGGGCAGGGGGACUUUGGUUGAUUUGGUAAGAGGUUACCUAACACAGCGAUGUCCACUGAUCCACUUUGGCAUUCUGGUGUGGCAGCAUCUGCCUCACAGAUGGGCUUGUAACGCUCACCUUUGUGUGCCUCACAGUAACAUCUGUUACAGCACCUGUAGAUUUCUUUGUCAUGUUACUUUGCAAGAUAGAAUGAACAAAGUAAAAAGCCAGGUCACAAGAAAACUUGGACAAUGAAUUUUUACUGUUCUCCUCUCUCUACCUGCUUCAUGUCCAAGCUCUUUGUCUCUGGCUUCCUGUUUCCAUUAAGUAGGUUUUUUUAUGCAUACUGGUUCUUAUUAGCAUUGUUAGUUCCUCUUCAGUGUUGUUCCAAAGGUCAUUUUAUCUGAAAUAGAACUAGAAGAUGAUCAGCUUCUCCAGAUCUACCAGAUGUCAAGUGUUUGACUUCAUUUUUUCCAGAAAAUGCUGAGAUUAAUGGAAUGGCUAAUAUGCACUUGAACGGGAGAGUCAUUACCAGUAAUCAAUAUAGUUUUCUUUUUUGUGCAAGUGUAGAAGGAAGAGCAAACAGGUUUGGUGUGUUAUUUGGGUCAACUUCUCUGUACGGUACCUUUGUACCAUUAAAUAGUAGGGCUUAAAGCUUGAA